AACUAUUAUAAUCGUGUAGGACACUUCUCUUCUCAAUGUUUUCGUUUGAUAAGAAACGAUUGCAUUACGCAAGAAUGCUGUGGGGGCAAAUAGGAAACUGUUAGCGUCAAGAUGAUCGAGCCCAAAAAUAUAAAAUAUAGAAAAAAGAUGCCGGCUUAUGCCAAAUUUGUCACCGGUGGCUUAGCUGGCGCCUGUUCCGCUUUACUUGUGCAGCCAAUGGAACUAGUAAAGAAUCGCCUGCAAAUGAGCGGCGCUGGUGGUAUAGCAAAGGAUUACAGAAAUACUUGGGAUGUCGUUAGAAAAGUGUACAAAUACGAAGGUGUCCUUCGAUUCUAUAAUGGCUUAGGUGCGUCUAUAGUUCGUCAGCUCAUGUAUACGACCACACGAUUGGGUAUAUAUCAAUAUUAUUUUGAUACAUAUAAACGGGCGAAUGGCUGCGUUCCAUCCAUGUUAACUUGCGCCGGAUAUGGUCUAAUAGCUGGAGCGGCUGGCGCACUUGUUGGAACUCCGGCAGAUGUGGUACUCGUACGAACGGUCACUGAUGGUAAUAUGCCGCCGCAUCUUAGAAGAAAUUAUAAAAAUAUAUUUGACGCUUUAAUACGUAUUGGAAGAGAAGAGGGCCUAGCUGGCCUAUGGUCGGGAUGUCUGCCGACAACUGCACGUGCUAUGGUUGUAAAUAUGUGUCAGUUGGCUUCGUAUUCACAAUUAAAAAAUUAUUUACAGAAACGUUAUACGCUUAAUGAAGGUCUCUUCCUGCAUGCAUGCACCGGAUUUGUAUCCGGUCUAAUAACUACUAUCGUUUCAAUGCCCCUCGAUAUGGCCAAAACUCGCUUGCAAACAAUGGAAAGACCAGCUCACUUUCACGAAAGGCAAUACAAACAUAGUCUCGAUGUUAUUAUGCAAGUAAUCCGAACCGAAGGAUUCAUGGCCUUAUGGAAAGGUUUCUCGCCGUAUUUUCUUCGUUUAGCCCGACACACCGUUUUCAUGUUCGUCCUACUGGAACACUUUAAUAAGCUUUAUUAUGAAAAAAUUCUAAGAGAUGAAAAUCAAUCACAACUUUGAUUAUGAAACCGUGACGAAAAAAAAAAAACAAAAAGACAUCAUAUCGUAUGUGAUUAUGUGAUUAAGACUGCACGCUAAUAAAUACAAAUGACAAGUUAACUGCAAUAAAAAU